AUGAUGGAUGAAUUCAAAUUAAAAUAUUUGCUCGGAUGUAAAAAAAUUGAAGGAGAAGAAAAAACUAUUCAUGAAAAUAAGAAAAUUGAAGAAGAGCAAGAAACUAAACGUAAAAGAAUUCAAGAAGAACAAGAAAUUAAACGCAUGAAAAUAAAACAUACACAAUCAUCAACAUCAAACGAUACAUUAUGGUCAUCUCAUCAAGAUUUUUACGUUAAUAAGGUAGAUGGUAAUCUAAAUGGUUUUGAAAUUAAUUGGAUAUCGUCAAAUGAUAAUGAUUAUGUUAAUGAUGCAAUAGAAAUUUGUAUUGAAGAUUAUUUGAAUAAACUUUCAUCACGUAAAAUAGUCUGA